UUCAAUCAUUAGCAGUCCAUCCUCCGUCGCGAUACGUCGUGAAUUGUGCGCGCAGCCGGCAGUUCAUUCAUAAAUAGCAAACCUCUGAGAGCAGCAGCAGCAGCAAUGCGUUAUCGAUUUUCGGUGCUCUCUCGCUCGCACCAGUGACAUCGGGUUAGUGACCACAGUGUAUCGGACUGUUCUCGUCUCGUGCGGAGAUAAACAAACCCAGAAGGAGUGCUGCUUCUGGAAGAGUUUGGAAUCGGGAAAAGUAUCUGUCCUAGCGAUUAAGUGUUUUAGUUUUCUUUGUCAUUCUUCGUUUGAUUCACAUAGAAAAUGAAGCACAUCAGAGGCUUCGAAUCGUGUUGAUGAACAGUGAUCUCAUAUUACGCAGAAGCUGUGUAUGCUGUUGGUACGACUCUAGAAAAAUCAUCCGAGAGAACGAAAGUUCUUGUGAACGGGAACAGUGCUGUGUAUGCAAAUUUUAUGCAGUAUUCAUAAAGCUAUAGAAAUAAAAAAUAACAAACUAAUCUACAAUCAUGUGGUACUUUACGCAAUCGCCGCACGUCCUGCCAGUGGUCCUGCUGGCCCUGCUGCUCUCCAUGGUGAAAUUUCGCUCGAUCAGCUCCGAGCUGUUUACGGCGCUGGCCGAAAUGGAGGAACUCAUGGAGACGGAAGCCGUCCUGAUAGCGAAUCUCGAAAGCUACAUCCAGGCCCAGGAAUAUAAGCUGACGCGAUUGAGACACAAAAGCAUCGAGUAUCAGCGGGAACACAUGGAAGCGGCCAAAGACGUCAGCGGGUAUCUGUCCAACCCGGUGAAUGCAUUCCUGCUAACCAAACGGCUGACGACCGAUUGGCGCGAGAUGGAGGAGCUGAUGUCGCGCGAUGUGGGGGCGGAUUUUCUGGAGAACGUUACCAACUUCCGAAGCGGGCUGAAAUUCCCCUCGGAUGAGGAUUUGAACGGGGCGGCGGUGGCGCUGAUGAGGCUACAGGAUACCUACAAUCUUGAGACGGCAUCGCUUGCGCGUGGCGAGUUGAAUGGGGUUCAGUACAGCACCGAAAUGUCCGCUGGGGAUUGUUUCGAGCUGGGAAGGCAAACGUAUCUCAAUGGGGAUUAUUACCACACCGUGCUGUGGAUGCGGGAGGCGAUGGAUCGUCUCUCGCAUGAGGUUAAUCGUACCACAACGAAGGCAGAUGUGUUGGAGUAUUUGGCCUUUUCCACUUUUAAGCAAGGGAAUGUCCACACGGCUCUUCUGAUGACCAACGAGCUGCUCGAGCUGGUACCGGAUCACGAGCGCGCGGUUGGGAAUAAGGUUUACUAUGAGAAAGAACUCGAGAAAGAUGCCCGCCAGAAGGCACUCCGUGGGGACGAUGGCAGUCCGGAUGUUCCCGUGGACACAUCCACUAACAUCAACAAAGGAGCCAAUCCCAGCGUGUACGACUCAUCGGAGCGGAAGCUGUACGAGCAGCUGUGCCGAGGGGAAGUCAACCGCACGGCUGCGGAUAUGUCGGUGCUGAAGUGCCGUUACGUGACGAAUAAAUCCCCGUUCCUGAAGAUUGCUCCCCUCAAGCUGGAGGAAGCGAACCUGCGACCGUACAUUGUCAUCUACCACGAUGUCAUGGCGGAUGCCGAAAUCGAGCUAGUGAAGCGUUUGGCGAAACCAAGAUUUAGGCGAGCGACGGUUCAGAACUAUAAGACCGGUGAGUUGGAGGUGGCCAACUAUAGGAUUAGUAAAUCAGCCUGGCUAAAGGACGAUGAGCAUCCGUACAUCAGGGCAAUCGGGCAGCGGGUCCAGGAUAUGACGGGGCUCACCAUGGCGACGGCAGAAGAGUUGCAGGUGGUAAAUUAUGGUAUCGGAGGUCACUACGAGCCCCACUUCGAUUUCGCUCGGCGGGAGGAGACCAAUGCGUUUAAGAGCCUCGGGACGGGCAAUCGGAUCGCGACGGUGUUGUUUUAUAUGAGCGACGUAACGCAAGGCGGCGCCACCGUCUUCCCCAGCAUACGGGUGGCUCUCAGGCCCAAAAAAGGAACGGCCGCUUUCUGGUACAACCUGCACGCAUCUGGCAACGGAGACUAUGCCACUCGACAUGCCGCCUGUCCCGUCCUAACGGGCACCAAGUGGGUUUCCAACAAAUGGAUCCACGAGCGGGGACAGGAAUUCCUACGGCCCUGUGAACUCUAUCCGGACCAUCCGGAAGAAUUCUGACAGCGGAUAGUGUACGAGGACGAACUGGAGGAACUCGUCUCGCUGCUCGAGGCGGAGGCGGAUGCGGAAGAAGAGGAAGUAGGGCAAAACUUCUAGGAGCGGCCAUAACUGAAUGAUCCCGAUCCCGAGCGAUCGGGAUCUGGAUUUUAUCUACCAAAUAGGGCAUAGCAUAUACGUAUACAACAUAUACACACAAACGUAUAUUUUUUAUAGGAAAAAACCAAUUGAACACAAAAAUUCUCACUCAAUUAUUCUCAUUUUGGAUAUUUUAUGCUCUCUCUUCUUUACAAUUUUAGUUUAGACUGCUAAGACUAACAGAAUUUCCAGAUGCAUUUAAAUGAUUACCAGUAUGCCAUAAGCUAGUGAAUUUCGCGGCUUCACUCACCCACAAGAGAAGCGGCUCUUUGUAAAUAAUAAAACCGUUCCGAGUACAGAAAAAAUAAACAACCC